GGGACGGAUUCGCUGAGAGAAGCAGAACCCGCCGCUGGUUUUCAGGGAUGUGGAGAAAAGAGCCCGAGCUGCUCUUUCACAACAAACAGGACCCAUGACCCUGACACGAGGAUCCUUCACCUACUCAAAUGGCGAGGAGUACCACGGCGAAUGGAAAGAAGGUCUGCGUCACGGCCUGGGUCAGCUGACCUUCAGCGACGGGACCUGCUACACCGGACAGUUUGAGAACGGCCUGUUCAACGGCUGUGGGAUCCUGGUCUUCACCGACGGCUCCAGGUAUGAGGGGGACUUUGUGCAGGGGAAGUUCCACGGCGUGGGCGUCUUCACCCGAUUCGACGGGACGAGGUUCGAGGGCGAGUUCAGAAGCGGAUGUGUGGACGGACACGGAGUCCUGACGGCUGUGGACGGAGGCCCCGGCGGUGGAGGCAGCAGCCACGAGGGCCUGUUUGAGACCAACCAGCUGAUCAGGAGAGAGAACGGCCAGGGAGCUGUGCCGAGGGCCCAGGCAGCAGCCGCCAGGGCCCGGGCUCUGGCCAUGUGA